UUCUUGAAAGAAAGGAAAACUCCACGGCUUUUCCGGUCGGUUUCGUAGGCCUUUAUCUAAGCUCUAAUCCCCUCUCCGAAAUCAAUCCACACGUCUCCCAAUUCCUUCCCGAUUUCAUCUCCAAUCGAUCUAUCGAUCGAUUCAUAGGCGCGCCUUUGCUUGUUCUUUGUGGAAUUUUUGGAGAGAGAUCGCGAUGGCGAAGAGCUCGUUCAAGUUGGAGCAUCCGCUUGAAAGGAGGCAAGCUGAAGCUGCACGUAUCAGAGAGAAAUAUCCUGACCGUAUUCCUGUGAUUGUGGAGAAGGCUGAAAGGAGUGAUAUUCCUGAUAUUGAUAAGAAAAAGUACCUGGUUCCUGCCGAUCUUACAGUCGGACAAUUUGUUUAUGUUGUCCGCAAGCGAAUCAAGCUUAGUGCUGAAAAGGCCAUCUUCAUUUUUGUCAAGAAUACUCUCCCACCAACAGCUGCUAUGAUGUCUGCAAUUUAUGAGGAGAACAAAGACGAAGAUGGCUUUCUCUACAUGACCUACAGCGGCGAGAACACUUUCGGUUUAUUCUGAAGAUGGAAAAGAGAAUAUGUAAAUAAACUUGAAAACAAAAUUGUAAAUUCUCAGACUCCUAUUGGUGACUGUUUAGUCUUUAGAUCUGCACUCUCUAUUACAGUUACUGUGAUCUUGCUGAUCAGAAGACUUGCAUAUGAUUUCUAUGAACUUCGUUACCGAUGUUAUUAAGUAUUCAAUGUCUACUUUUAUUCAAA